AUGGAGAAUGCGCCCGUAGGAGUUGGUGAGUGCGCCUGUGAGAAGGACAUGGAGAGUGCGCCCAAGGAGGACAUGGAGAGUGCACUCAAAAGGCAAGGUACUAUACCUACUAGUAUAGGGUAUUGCAUGGCUCUUGAGUCCUUAGAUCUUGGCAACAACAAUCUCACUGGAAAUGUUCCAAACGAGCUUGGACAGUUGCUCUUAGGGUCUUUGGAUUUAAGUUCUAAUAUACUGUCUGGUCCUAUCCCGCAAUCUUUGACAUCACUCCAUUUUCUUGGGGUUCUCAACUUAUCUUACAAUAAGUUGAGUGGCAGGAUUCCGAGAGAGGCUCACUUUGACACAUUGAGUGCUAAUGGUUGGGCUUACAGUGGAAAUGAUUUAUUGUGUGGGGAACUUACUGAAAAAGUUUGUGAUGUGAUCGGGUUAUUUGGAAAAAUAUUGCUGAAGAAGUCGAUGAAGAGGAUGCAAAUGAGAGAAUACUGCUUUACGGAGUUAUUGUUUUGGUAA